AUGGGCUCCUUCGACCCCGAAGGCGCCAUCCCACUCACCCAGGUGCAGUCACGCAUCUCGACGAGAGGAGCCAGGAAACAAGGCGAAGGCGUCCUCAACGACAGAGAUAUGAGCAGUCAGCCUAAAUUCCUGGCCGAGGCGGACGACGAGGAGGAGAAGUUUACUUUCCACCACGGCCGGAGGAAAGUCAGGAAAGAGCACGGCGGGCCUGUCCGACGGGGCUCCGAUGGCGAGGAGAUUGCCGUCACCGGGCUGGGAAAGGUCUACAACAAGAUCACCGGCUUCUCGGUGCUCAUCCGGUACAUAAUGUACGUGGUGCCCCUCGGCUCCGUCCUCGCGGCCCCCGUGGCCAUCUACGCCGUGCUCAACCCGAACGCACGCUUCCUCAACACGGGUAUCAAGGUCUACCUCUUCUGGCUGUGGAUCUUGAUUGUCUGGCUCUCCAUGUGGGUCUCGAAACUCUGUUCCAAAGCCAUCCCGUUCAUCUUCAUGUUCGUGUGCGGUGUGGUCUCGUCCGGGACCAAGAAGUACGCGACAAUUCUCCGCGCCGUCGAGAUCCCGCUAAGCCUGGUGGGAUGGACCAGUUCGAACUUUCUUAGCUUCAGGGUCUUGACCACCCCGGCCUUAAACCCGAGUGCGGAUCCCCCGAAAGGCUGGAUCAGUACUACCUUGAAGGUGCUGGCGCCCAUGUGUAUCGGCAGUCUUCUGUUCUUGGUUGAGAAGAUGAUGAUCCAGCUUGUGAGUAUCAAUUACCACAAGCGGUCGUUCGAUGGGAAGAUCAAGGACUCGAAGAGGAAUAUUCAUCUGCUGGGCCUGCUGUAUGAUGCCAGUCGACAGCUCUUCCCCGUGUACUGCCCAGAGUUUAUCGAAGAGGAUUACUUGAUCAGUGAUAGUCUUGAAGCUUUGCUGGCCAAGAAUGUCAAACGCGAUGGAUCCAACACCCCGAUGCGGAUCAUUGGGAACAUUGGUCGUGCGGGUGACAAAUUCACUUCCGUCUUUGGGAACAUCGCUUCGGAAAUCACAGGGAAGCAGGUCUUCAACCCCUUGUCUUCGCACUCGGUAAUACUCCAAGCCCUGGAGAAGCAGAAAUCCUCGGAGGCGUUGGCCAAGCGGUUGUGGAUGUCGUUUGUGGUUGAAGGCAAGGAGAGUCUGCUUGCCGAAGAUAUCGAGGAAGUGCUGGGUAAUCAGCGGAAGGAAGAGGCGGGCGAGAUCUUCCGUGCUCUGGAUAAUGAUGAGAACGGCGACAUUAGUCUGGAGGAGAUGAUUAUGAAGGUUGUGGAGAUUGGAAGGGAGCGCAAGGCCAUCACCGCCAGUAUGCGAGAUGUUGGGCAGGCGAUUGGGGUUCUGGACUCCGUCCUCGUCACGAUCUUGUCGGUCAUCAUCCUCUUCGUCUUCGUGGCCUUUCAAAACACGUCCUUCGUCACGACCCUCGCCACGGCCGGCACCACCCUCCUAUCUCUCUCCUUCGUCUUUGCAGCCACCACUCAGGAAUUCCUCGGCUCCUGUAUCUUUCUCUUCGUCAAGCAUCCCUACGACGUCGGCGACCGUGUGGACAUCGACCACGUCUUCCUCGUCGUCGAGCAAAUCUCCCUCCUCUAUACAGUCUUCAAGCGCAUCGACACGAUGAAAGUGGUCCAGGUUCCCAACAUCGUCCUCAACAAUCUCUGGAUCGAAAACGUCACCCGCUCCAAGGCCAUGAAGGAACAACUCGACAUGUUCAUCUCCUUCGAGACCACGCUCGAAGAUAUCGAGCUCCUCCGCGCCGAGAUGCAAGCCUUCGUCCAAGCGCCUGAAAACGCCAGAGACUUUCAACAGGACAUCGUUCUGGAGGCGACGGGCAUUGGAAGUAUGGAUAAGUUGCAGCUGAAGGUGGAGAUCAAACACAAGUCCAACUGGGCGAACGAGACGGUGCGCGCAGCCCGGCGCUCAAAGUUCAUGUGCGCCCUCGUCGUCGCCCUCCGCAAAGUCCCAAUCUACGGCCCUGGUGAAGGCUACGAGCCACUCGGCAGCCACAGCAACCCGGGCUACACAGUCAGCGUGCCGGAUUCCUGGGCCGCCAACGCUAGAGAAGAAGCAUCCAAGGCGAAGGAAGCCUUACGGAUGGUACCGAAGGCCGAAGAAGCUGCUGCGGAAAGCUCGGGGGCGGCGUGGACGAGUGGCAGAGAAGAGAAAGAACCGAACUUGGGCCCGAACUCGACGAAGGAAGAUCUAGAGCGCGAACAAAAGCGCACCAGCGAUAUCUCCGUCCUCAAACAGGGCCUCCUCAAACGGGCUUCGACGCGUGGUCGGCGCCGCCCCGGUGACCACGUUCCUGCGCCCCCGGCGUUCCUGGGCGUCAACGUCACGGCACCAAGUCCGAAGAACAGCGAUUCACGAAGCGUGUCGGAUGAGGAGGCCGAUCUGGAGCAUAUCUACGGGAGCCCGAUGUACCAGCGGGGUUACGGGGCGCAGAGCCAGAGCCAGAGCCAGAAUCCGUAUGUAUCCCAGGUACAGCCAGGGACGACGAGCUACGGCGUCUUUCCACCGCUGACUCAGCGGGUGACGCUGGAGGAGCCGGGCCCGACAGUGCCGCGAUCAAAUCCGCAGCCGGGGAGGACGCUGAGUUUAGGGUUUAAAAACUCUCGUAGUGGGUAG